AUGGCGAAGUUCAAAAGAACGGACCCGAACAGAAGCCUAGAAACCUUGCUGGACAUGGAUAAAAGCGCCCAGCUGAUCAACAAGAAUGUGGUCAAGCAACCAACAAGGAAGUUGAUACCCGGACAAGGCCUUGAAUUCAACAACCUCUCGUACAGUGUCAUGAAGAAGCAGAAGAAAGAUGGUGUUUGGAUAACUAAAGAAGCCUAUCUUCUUAAUGAUAUCUCUGGUCAGGCCAUGAGGGGUGAAAUCAUGGCCAUUAUGGGGCCUAGUGGUGCUGGAAAGUCCACUAUUCUUGAUGCUUUGGCUGGUCGAAUUGCUCAAGGGAGUCUUGAAGGAUCCGUUAGGAUUGAUGGAAAGCCAGUAACAACUAGCUAUAUGAAGAUGGUUUCUUCUUAUGUGAUGCAAGAUGACCAGCUCUUUCCAAUGCUGACAGUCUUUGAGACAUUCAUGUUUGCAGCUGAAGUCAGGCUUCCACCUUCCAUGUCUCGGUCUGAAAAGAAGAAAAGAGUCUAUGACCUCCUUGAUCAGUUAGGCUUGACGAGUACUGCACAUACUUACAUUGGUGACGAAGGAAGGAGAGGAGUAUCAGGUGGAGAACGACGAAGGGUGUCCAUCGGCAUUGACAUAAUUCAUAAACCAUCACUUCUGUUUCUGGAUGAACCUACUUCUGGUUUGGAUUCAACUAGUGCCUUCAGUGUUGUAGAAAAGGUCAAAGACAUUGCACGAGGUGGAAGUAUUGUUCUCAUGACCAUCCACCAGCCUUCCUUUAGAAUCCAAAUGCUUCUGGACUGCAUCACAGUCCUGGGAAGGGGAAGACUGAUAUAUUUAGGAAGCCCGACCACUUUAGGUGCCCAUCUUGCUGGAUUUGGAAGACAAGUUCCAGACAGCGAGAACAGCUUGGAGUACCUCCUAGAUGUGAUCAAAGAGUAUGAUCAGUCAAACGUUGGUCUUGAUCCUCUGGUACUCUAUCAAAGGGAUGGCAUCAAGCCUGAUGUGGUGGCUAGAACCCCAAUUCCAAAGACACCAAAAGCUCUGAAAACACCUACUACUCCCUAUGGGAAGAAGACUCCUGGCCCCAAGCACAUCAGCCUUCGUAGCAACCAGUUUUCCUCCGGAAAUUUGACAUCUCGAGGAGAUCCUGCAAGCUUUCAAUCUUAUGACGAUGAUGAUUACGAAGAUGAUUUUGGUAGCUCCCUUGAACGAAAGAUUAACCACACGCCAAUGAAUAUGCACAGUGGUAUAUAUAACCCACGUUUGGCUUCUCAGUUCUACAAAGAUUUCUCAGUUUGGCUCUACCAUGGCGUCACGGGGACCCCCGGUCGUGCACCAUCAUGGACGCCUGCACGAACCCCUGGAUGGACUCCAGCAAAGACACCUCUUUCUGGUACAAGAAGCCAAGUUUCAAGCCGAUUUCCAACACCUCAGCAAACGCCUAUGCAAACCAAGCCUCCUGUUGUCAUGAGUCCAUCACAAGACUCUUAUAUUCCAUCUUUCCAAGAAUUUGCAGAGGAAAUGCUUGACGAGCCCGAGCAUAGGAACAAAUUCGCGAAUCCAUGGCUGCGUGAGGUUGCAGUCCUUUCAUGGCGUACUGCACUCAAUGUUGUUCGCACUCCAGAGCUCUUCCUUUCCAGGGAGAUAGUUUUGACAGUUAUGGCUUUUGUUCUAUCUACCCUCUUUAAGAAGCUUCAUGAUCUCCGUUUCACAACCAUUAACCGGCUUCUUAAUUUCUACAUCUUUGCAGUGUCAUUAGUCUUCUUUUCUUCCAAUGAUGCUGUUCCCACUUUCAUCCAAGAGCGAUUCAUCUUCAUCCGAGAGACUUCCCACAAUGCUUAUCGUGCUUCUACCUAUGUCAUCUCCUCCCUCAUUGUUUAUCUUCCCUUCUUUGCUGUUCAAGGCUUCACCUUUGCAGUCAUUACUAAGUAUAUGCUUCAUCUCAGAAGCAAUAUCAUAAACUUCUGGUUGAUUCUUUAUGCUUCACUGAUAACUACCAAUGCUUAUGUGAUGCUAGUCAGUGCAGUAGUUCCGAGCUAUAUCACUGGAUACGCAAUUGUGAUAGCUACAACAGCUUUAUUCUUCUUAACUUGCGGUUUCUUCCUGAAGGCAUCCCAAAUACCAAAGUACUGGAUAUGGCUGCAUUACAUAUCUGCAAUCAAGUACCCUUUUGAAGCAUUGCUGAUAAAUGAAUUCAAAGGAAAUGAACAUUGUUAUACUGGGGAACCUACUGAGCUGUCACCGGGACCUUUAGGGGAAGUGAAGAUCAGCAAGCUGCAUAAUACAUCGUUGGCAUCCCAAAACUGCACAUUAAUUGGCGAAGAUAUCUUGUUCACCAUGGGUAUUGACCUGGAGAACAUUUGGUACAACAUUGCAAUUUUACUGGCAUGGGGAGUACUCUACCGCUUCUUCUUCUACUUGGUUCUCAGAUUUUACUCCAAGAAUGAGAGAAAAUGA